AUGCCCCUCUCCACCAAACAAAUGGAAUACCUCGCCCUCGCCUGGCAAUGCUUCGACAGCGAGCCCAAGGUCCGUCCCUCCCCAAAUCCCCCUCUCCCGCAUAUCUGCCCCCCUAACAAUCUCACACAAGAUCGACUACGAGAAAUUCAGAACCAUCGCCAACCUCGCCUCUGCCGCUUCCGCGCGCGAACUCAUGCGCGUCACCAAGAAGAAGCUGAAAGAGGAAUAUGGCGCUUUGAACGGCAACGAUUCCGCCACCGCAACCCCGAAAUCUGCCGCUACGCCGAAGAGCACGAAUGGCACGGGCAAGAAGCGCGGUCGGCCGGCGAGGGCGGCGUGGGAGAAGGCGGACGCGGACGACGGUGAUGAUGAUGACGAUGAUGAUGAUGGGGAGGAGGGUUCUGCUUCGCCGAGUGUGAAGCGCGCUCGCAAGGCUGCUGGCAAGAAGAAGACGGUUGUUGUCAAGGCGGAGCCGGUCGAGGAGGAGCAGGAGCAGGAGCAGGAGAGCGAGGAGGGUGGCGAGUUGCUUUGA